CAACCAAUUAGUGCCCUGACAACGACUAUUCAUUCAUCACUCUCACCAUAAACACAAGCAACGCGAUGGAUUUCGCAUCCCUCAUGUCGGCGCAAAUCGCCAAAGCAAAGCCUACGCCAAAAUCGGAAACGCCCCAGGAAGUGAAACCAUCCAAAUACAUCAAACGCGCCGAUGUCGAAGCACAACGGCAAGCAGACUACGCCGCCGAGCAAAAGGCAAUAGAAGAUGCGCGCAUCGCAAGACUCGACAAGAAGCGCAAGUUUGAGGAAGAUGAGGCAGAGAAGAACAGAGCAAGAGAGGAGAAGCGAAAGAGAUUGGCAGAGGAGAGCAGGAGAUUGAGAGAGGAAGAGGAGGAGAGAGAAGAAAGAAUUCGACGCAAGAGAUUGGGCUUGCCAGACUUGCCGCCGAAAGAGAAGGCUAUCGAGAGUGGUGAUGCCACACCGGCGCCCGAGAACGACAUAGCCGACGAAGAGCUCGUGCAAAAGUUGAGGGAGAUGAAUGAGCCGACACGCCUGUUUGGAGAAACACAUAAUGGCCGAUUGCGACGCUACAGGAAGCUGGCCGGUCUCGAUGCGACAGGCAAGCCGAAAGCAGUCAUGUAUCCUGGUCCUAUUCCUACAACCCUCCAGCCUGUACCUGAAGCCGACAUGAAGGUGCCUGACGCUGUACCGAAGGACAACGACGCCCGAUCUUUCCUCUACCGCCAGCUUGCUUCGUACUUCACGCUCGUCCUGUCAGAGUGGCAAGUCUCGUUGUCUCUGCGAGAUGAGGCAGUCAAGACGAGCAGUAGUGGAAAAGCUGCUUACAGCGCCAUGGUACAAGCUCGCGACAGUAUGGUACCACUAUACCGAAAAUUGGAGAAAGGAGAUGUCGAGGCAGGCAUUUUGGGUCCGAUCGUCGAGAUUGUACGGGCCUGUCAGGAAAGACGCUAUGUCGAUGCCAACGAUGCUUACCUGCGACUAAGUAUCGGUAAAGCUGCAUGGCCUAUUGGUGUCACCAUGGUCGGUAUCCACGAGAGAUCUGCCCGCGAGAAGUUGCACGCAAACGACAAGGACGCUGCACAUAUCAUGAGCGACGAGAUCACAAGAAAGUUCUUGCAAAGCAUCAAGAGAUGCUUGAGUUUCAGCCAGACUCGCUGGCCACCAACCACUCCUCUGCAGCUCAUGGGCUAGUCGGUCAUCUUUAGCUGUUCUCACUACAACGUGUAGAGCUCCCAAGCAUCCUCCUAGAAGUUUAAUGAAUAAUGCGAACC